GGCACUUCUCGCGAGACGCCGCGCGUGGCCGUUUCCCGCUCACAAGAUGGCGGCGCCCGCUGAGGGCCGGUUCCGCACGCGCGAUGUGCUGCUGCCCGGCGGCCCGUCUGACUUCGGGUCGCUGCUGCUGUCGCCGCCGGUGCUGGCGGGGCUGGAGGCGGCUGGGUUCCACAGGCCGUCGCCCGUCCAGCUGAAGGCCAUCCCGCUGGGGCGUUGCGGACUGGAUCUCAUCGUGCAGGCCAAGUCUGGCACCGGCAAAACAUGCGUCUUCUCCACCAUCGCCCUGGACGCGCUGCUGCUGGACAGCCCGGCCACGCAGGUUCUUAUCUUGGCUCCCACACGAGAGAUUGCUGUGCAGAUUCAUGCCGUCAUCACAACGAUUGGGAUAAAAAUGGAAGGUUUGGAAUGCCACGUCUUCAUUGGGGGGACUCCUCUGAGCCAGGACAAAGUCAGACUGAAGAAAUGCCACAUAGCAGUUGGCUCCCCAGGUCGAAUAAAACAGCUCAUAGAGUUGGACUACUUGAAUACUGCCAGUAUCCGGCUCUUCGUUCUUGAUGAAGCAGACAAGCUUCUGGAAGAGGGCAGCUUUCAGGAGCAAAUUAAUUGGAUUUACUCUUCACUGCCAGCCAAUAAACAGAUGCUUGCUGUUUCAGCUACUUACCCUGAAUCGUUAGCUAACGCGUUGACAAUGUACAUGAGAGAACCAACGUUUGUGAGGUUGAAUCCUACUGAUCCAAGUCUCAUUGGGCUGAAGCAGUAUUACAAAAUUGUGAAUUCCCAUCCGCUUCCGCAUAAAACAUUUGAGGAAAAAACCCAGCACCUGCAAGAGUUGUUCAGCAAGAUUCCAUUUAAUCAAGCAUUAGUCUUCUCAAAUUUGCACAGCAGGGCUCAACAUCUAGCUGAAAUACUGACAUCCAGAGGCUUUCCUGCUGAGUGCAUUUCAGGCAGCAUGAAUCAAAGCCAGCGGCUUGAUGCUAUGGCUAAAUUAAAGCAAUUCCACUGUAGGGUUCUGAUUUCCACAGACUUGACAUCUCGUGGAAUUGAUGCUGAAAAAGUGAAUCUGGUCAUCAAUCUGGAUGUACCUGUAGACUGGGAAACGUACAUGCAUCGUAUCGGCAGAGCCGGGCGCUUUGGAACUUUAGGCUUAUCUGUGACAUACUGCUGCCGUGGAGAGGAAGAAAACAUGAUGAUGAAAAUUGCUCAGAAAUGUAAUCUACAGCUUCUUCCUUUACCUGAGCCUAUACCUCCUGGAAUGAUGGAUCAGUUUGAAGGUUGGGAGGUUGAAGUCAAACCUGUUGUAUACACAGGUGCUUCUGUGAAUUCUGACACUGUGUGUCUUAAACCAAAAGAGCCAGUACUUCAGCCUGUCCAGAAUAAUUCUGCAGAAGUACCUCAGCCUGAUUCUAACCUCCCAGUUGGUAAUUCUUCAGUAGAGAAGCCAAAAAAAUCUUUGGAGCAAAAGCUGGUGAAAAAGCACACAAAUUCUGCUGCUGUGGGAAGAAGUAGCAGAAACUCCAAAACCUCCAGUUGCAAUACAAAGCAGAGGAGUCAAGUAGAAACUGUCUCCAGAAUGGCUGGGCAGAGUAACGCAGAGGUUCUAGAUGAGGAAGCCUUGAGAAGAAAUCUGCCCAGAAUUCCAUGCUUAUCGUCUUUCAAAAACCAACAGAACAGUCCUUGGAACUUCUCAGAGUUUGUUGAAGACUAUGAAUACUUUAUUAGAGAAGGGUUGGAGAGAGAUGUUGAAAUCUUGAGAAGCUAUUCAGGCCCAGGAGAACAAUGUGAAUUCCCCAGAAAUGGUGGUAUUGAGUUGAAAGAGAUGGAACAGAAUGCAGACACAGUAGCACAUGAUGAUGUGUCUGACAGUGAUUCUUCAUACAGUUCAAGGGCUUCCUCCCACAGUAGUGAAAAUAACUCGUGUUUUGAAGCAUUUUCAGACAGGCAGGUAAAGAAUGUUGUCCCCACCACCUGUCAGGGUCUUACAGGCUUCUGUCCCACACCAGGGAAGCUGAAGGAGCUAUCACAAGUCCCAAAGCAAAAUCAGGUGAGAAAGAAAGUUCUGAAACAAAAUGCCAAAGAAAAGAAAAAACAUUCCCAUCAGUACCCUGAUCCUGCCCCAAGAAAAACUGAAGAUGACUGCUCCUGUGGCUCUUGGGAUGAUGGUGUUCCUGGCUUUCCUCAUGAGGCUUGGAGUUACGAAGACUACUGGAAAUCUUACUAUCAAGCAUGGCAAAACUACUAUGCUGCAGUUUCUCACUUUUACUACAGGAAAAGUUACAGACACUUGAACUGGAUGAAUGCUUAUCGUGUCAACUCUGUCUACCUCCAGGAGCUGCUGAAAAGUGGUGAUUAAUGCACUGAUGCUGCUGUUAUGGGCAGGCUGCUUGGAAGACUAAAUGGGCAAUAUCUUUGAAAACAGCUGCAGGUUGUUUUCUCCAGGUACUUUGGCAGACAUUGAGUGAAGUGAACCACUGUCUUUUUUGUAAGCAGGCUGUGUCUAGGUAAAUGUUUUAUAUGCAUUCCAGCAGUGGUGUUACAAGUUGUUAAUAAAAUGAAAUGGCAGACAACUAGAUGUUCAGUUGCAGUCUUUAAAAUACUAAGUAAACAAAAGGCAAGUCGGCUGCUUCCAUGUAAGAAUCAUCAGUAAGGAGAAAACCAAACAAGCCCAGCUUUCUCUACUUGAUUUUCUUCCCUGUGAUUUUUGGCUGAAGAUGGAUUCACAGUGAAAUAUCAGAAGUUGCUUAUACUCAGAUCAUUCUCCUCUGUAAUCCUUAAGCAGAGGGCGCUGGUAAUAUACCAGUUAAUAGUGGCAGACUAAAACCUGCAUCUCAAUACCUGUAUUGCUAAUUUAAAUCCAGUUAAUUAACACUGCAUAAGUAACAUUUCGCGAGCUGGAUAAAUGGCAAGCUGUGCUGUAGGGGGUGCUUUAAUUAUGUACGAGAUGUGCAGCUAUUAUAACUGGCCUGGCCUCAGGGUGCAGGAGUAUCAGACUUGCCAUGCUUAUAGGAGAGCUCUAAUUAGAAAUGAAAUUACCUGUUAGCUCUAAAUCUAAUUUGUAUUUCCUGUUUCGGGUGCCCUGCCUUUUAUGUAGCUGUCCGGAACCAAGACAAGAUGAAAGUAGAGGCUGGCUUCGGCUAUUGACACUAGACUGACUUCACACUCAUUUUGGAGCUUCAUUUUUAGUACAUGUGGGAUCACAGAGCCAGAUCUCUAGCUGGUUUUAUUGAUUUUGUUAUGUUCAUCAGAGCACAUGUGGUCUGUUCUUUUCAUGGUCAGAGACUGGGAUUCCUUCAGUGAAAGCACUAUUUCCUGCCUGCUCUGAAUUGUACUUCCAAGGAGAACAUUUGCUUGAAUCUGGUGAAAUGGAUGUCUUCAAGGAUACUUGAUUACUCGCCUCCUGCUGCUUUCAAAUUAAUUUUGGGAAAUACAAUUCACUUCUGUAAAUAAA